UCUACACACCCAUACUGUCCAGAAAUGGAACUACUCCUGAAGCAUCAGCAGCGCCUGCAGAGACAGAGAGAUGGCAUCGCCCACAGAAUGAAGAAGCUGGCAGCCAAGCAGGCAGAGAUAACAAAAAAGACCGAUGCGGUGAAGGAGAAAAUCAGAAAAAAGUACGAGGACAUGAAGCGGGUCCUGGAUGAGGAUCUCCGGAUUACACUGACCCAGCUGGACACCGAGUAUGAGGCUACAGAGAAGUAUGUGGAGGACAGGAUUGAGGAGUGCUACCACCUCACUCAGGAACUGGACCAGGAGCUGUCCAAGAUUGAUGAAAAAACACAAGAAAUUGACAUUCAGAACGCUGAAACAGAGAAAAAAAUAUCUGAGACUCUGAAGCUGACUGACCCGGACCGGAUUCAGAUGGAUGAGUUCAAAUGCGGACAACUUCUGAGUCUCACUAUCAACCUGCUGCUGUUCAUCAGAUCCCAGGUCCCUGUCACCAAGAAACUGUUUCAGACCUAUGCUGCAGAUGUUGUCCUGGACGCUGACACUGCUCACCCCAAGCUGAUCAUCUCUCCAAAAGGCGACUCAGCCACCUUCACAGAGACCUGGCAGGACGUCCCAGAGACUCCCUCCCGUUUUGAAACCACCUUAAAUGUAAUCAGCAGGGAGGGCUUCAGCGAGGGCCAGCAGUACUGGGAGGUGGAUGUGAAGGGGAAGACCUACUGGGAGCUGGGGCUCACCUACCCCAGCAUCCCGAGAAAAGGCAGAGAGGAGGACUCGUGGUUGGGCCGGGGCAAAGAGUCUUGGUGCGUGGAGUACUUUAAUGGAGACUACACAGCCUGGCACGGUGGAGUCCAGCAUACACUUCCUCUACUGGCAGGAAAACAGUUCACUCGCAUCGGGGUGUACUGUAGCUUCCCCGGGGGGGUGGUGUGCUUUCUAGGAGCGGACACUAUGACCCCGCUGCACUGCUUCUGCGCUGGGACCUUCACGGACACCCUACAUCCGGCAUUAUGCCCUGGCCACGACAAUGAAGGCACAAACUGGAAGUCUCUUAAUAUCUGUGAUGUUUCCCGGUCAGCUCCUGUUCUCUGAAGUGGAGCAGGAACUCCUCAGGGGGAAGAAAUUGCCAGGAUAUGUCGCAUUGUGGGGAAUGAAUGUCGCAUUGUGGGGAAUGAAUCAGCUUCUUGAUUUACAUUCUUAUGUUGUGACAUGGCAUCAGUCAGAUGCGCACAGUGCGUGACAGUCGAAUCAACAUUUGGAAACUUCAAAGCUUAAGCUAUUUAAAAUUAACAGAUCAUUCAUGCUUUUCCUUAUAGUGGACACACCAAAGCUAACAUGACAUUAGAGCUGAUCCUCACUGUGGCAAAGCGUUUUUUAUGACAUGAUCAAUCAGGGAAUUGCUGAUUUACAAAGGACAGGAUUCUGUGAUUGAGAAAUAAUUUGUUAAAAUAGAUCUGCUUUUAAACACAAAUUGAACACAAAGCAUAUAUUUAUUUAAUGUCAAUAAAUACAAUGAACAUACCAAAACUGACUAUGCUUUAGUCAUCUGACAACACUUUUGAACAUGUCUCACAUACUUGUUUAAUAACAAAAGGACAAAGUCAUUUUCUUAAACAUUUAUUUUUUUACUCAAAUGUUGCUUAAACAUUAUUGAUUAGUGUAUUUCUUUGAGACACUUAUCUGUAUAUUAAUAAACAUUUGGUGCGUGAGUAUUAAAACAGUUUUGAGUGAUAUUUGUUGGAAAAAGACAAAGAAAACACCAGCCUUAUCCAUUGCUGAAAAAUCUUCUCAGUCUAUUCAUUAGAUUGCAAACAUCUUCUUUGUGUUAGAAUA